AUGGCCAAACUCAUAAAGAAGUUUUGGCGUCUUGAAGAAGCGUGCUUUCAAGACUGGGAACCAAAGCAACAUGACGAAUGCGAGGCGGAAAGUCACUUCCGCACAACGUUAGAGAUCGCUCCCGACGGGAGAUACAUUACACGAAUGCCCCUACGGGGGGAGCCGUCAUCGUUAGGCGACUCUUAUCAACAAGCAUAUAGAAGAUUCACAUCGCUUGAGCAAAGGCUCAAGCGGAAUGCAGACCUGUACAAAGAGUACAGGGCAUUCAUGAAUGAAUAUGAAACACUGGGACAUAUGGUACCAGUCACCACAGAAGACUUUCACAAAGUAAAGUAUUUCAUCCCUCACUCGUGUGUGGUGAAACCAGAUUCAACAUCCACCAAGGUUAGGGUGGUGUUCGACGCAAGUGCAAAGACGUCAACCGGAGUAUCCCUGAACGAUAUACAAAUCGUGGGACCAACCAUUCAAAAGGACUUAUUUGAUCUGCUAAUUGAUUUCAAGACGCACAACGACGUGCUAGUAGCAGAUAUUGCAAAGAUGUACAGACAAAUUCACAUCGCAUACACAGACACUUGGUUACAAUGUAUUUUGUGGCGCGACAGCCCCAAUGAUCAAUUGAAAGCGUAUAGACUGACGACUGUCACAUAUGGUGAAGCGUCUUCAUCAUUCUUGGCCUGUAGGGCACUACACGAAGCAGCUGAAGAUUAUCGGUCGGUAAAUCCGAGAAUUGCCGACACCAUUCAACGAUCGUUCUAUGUUGACAAUCUAAUGAUUGGAGCGUCCAACGCAGAUGAACUGACGGAGACGAAACGAGAGAUAGAGCAUGCAUUGUCACUUCAUGGAUUUCCACUUCGAAAGUGGGCAUCAAACAACGCAAGCGUACUGGAAGGAAUUCCAGAGAAAGACUUGGAACCAUUGAUCCAAGUUGGUGACCAAGAGGUCAUAAAGACAUUGGGGAUAGCCUGGAACCCCAAAACAGACGUGUUCCAGUUCAUCAGUACGAAAAACAUAGGUUCGAAGCUUCAUUAG